ACAAACCUAAGCCUAAGUGUCGCGUGUCUGUUUUUCAUGUGUUGUAUCAUUGCUUCUCCUCAGUUCACCAGUCUGUUAAACAGCCUCUCAAAACGACUAGACAAGUGUGUAAUAAAAUACAAUCUAUUAAACAAAGCUAUAACUCAAGUGAACGUUUUAAGCUUUUCUCAUGAUGCUACAACGCGGACAAAUGGCUAUCAGAAUUUAACGUCAGGUUUCUAGCUGCAGCCCUGGACAUCUAACCUUGAAGAGGUUAUUUUUUAGGAGUGUUCCACAAGUGUUUGAAAAGUGUAAUUUAUUCCACAUAUGUAAGAUCCAAAUGGCAGGUGUGUUUACUUUGCUGAGGCUUGUGUUUGGUUUCCAAGCCACCCUCCUUACCGUACCAGUCCGAGCUGAACAGUCUUGUCUGAUAACGACUGACCAGCGUGCAGCACAGUGCCGAGGCCUGCAUCUGGAACAUGUACCAGUAGGGCAUCUCCCUCCCUCUCUGGAGCAAGUGGAUCUUUCUUAUAACUUUAUACAGGUCAUCCGAAACAGGGAUUUUGUUGGGCUACCACUCCUACGGGCACUCUGGCUUCAGUUCAACAAUAUAUCUGUGAUUGAGGAUGAAGCCUUUCAGGGAAAUCCCCUACUGGAAGAUCUGAAUAUCUUCAACAACUCAUUGACUGCUAUCCCAUUGAAAGCCCUUUCACCACUCAGCAAGUUGAAAAGUUUGGACAUGUCAAACAAUCUCUACACUGUGACAGCUCUGGGUGGAGUGUUUUUGAAUUUCAAGGAUUUAAAAAUACUUUCCAUAGGUGGUCCCCUGGUCUGUAUCUUGAAAAAUGGGGAUCUUGAUGCAUUACAGAACUUGUCUCUGGAGAAGUUUGCCAUUAAAACUGGUUCUAGUCUGGAUGUUUAUGAGACAGGUUAUCUGAAGGACAUCACAACAAAAAAUAUGUGGCUUGAUGUGGCAAUAGAUAACAGAACACACGCACUCCCUAUGAUAUUAAAAGACCUUGCAAACAAAACAUUUCAAGUUCUUCGCUUUCGUAAUCUCUUUGAGUUUAAGUAUUACUCUGGCAAGGAGGAUCUUUUUUAUGGCUUACAGUAUAUUAAUUCCCAGCAGCUGGUCUUUUAUCGAGGUAAAUUUAAUGAAGAACUUCUGAGAAUGGCACUUGUUAAUUUACAAAAAAGUCCAAUUAAAGUACUGCAACUCUUGUUCAUUGAUUUUGCCCGCUCACAGACCUUUGUAAAUAGUGAGCAGGAAUCAAGUGUGACAAAUCUAGCAUUGGACCUAAUGGUUCUCUCGGACAUCAGCAACCCAGACAUCCUUCGCUUUGACUGGCGCUUUACAUGGUUCAACAAGAUCCGUCACCUCUGCAUACAUAAUGUAAACUUCAACACUGUUCCCUGUGAUGCAUGGCAGGAGAUGAGAGGUGUUGAAAUUCUUGAUAUCUCUAACAACCAGCUGAAGGACAGCUAUCUCUUCAACCAGCAGUGUGACUACAAUGAAAUACUACAAUCACUUCACAGUUUUAACCUCAGCAAUAAUCAGCUGACCAGCCUCAGUUCUUUUGCGUCUCUGGCAGGGGAGUUCAAACAGCUGCGAACAAUCGAUAUUAGUCACAACAAGCUAGGCACGGAAGGUAACAGAAUCUGCUACUGGAAACAGAACAUCAGUAAGGUCAUUGCUAAUCAUAACAAUAUGGUUAUUGACAGCUUCAAAUGUCUCCCAAUUACUGUAUCCUAUCUUGAUCUCUCUUACUGUAAUCUGGACCAGUUAGACAUGGACUUCUUUAACAAGGCCAUCAAUCUAAAGGAGCUCCACCUCAGUAAUAACAAAAUUAAAUUCAUUCCUUCUGGUUGGAAAAGCUAUAAUUUAAAGUCUCUAUCUCUAGAUGGAAACUCCUUUGGAAUUAUUAGCAUGAGUUAUUUUAAAGAAAUGCCUACUCUGGAGCAGCUACGGGCAGGUAACAACCCUUACCACUGCACCUGUGAGCUGCAUGUCUUCAUACAGGAGACCACCGUCCAGGGCAAAGUCAAUAUCACAGACUGGCCAGAGGACUACAAGUGCUACCACCCAGAAAACCUGCUCAAUACAAUGAUAUCUCACUACUUUCCUGGUCAUGUAGCUUGUGAUAUAAGACUCAUUGUCAUUAUCUCUGUAGUCACCACUGCAUCCAUUGUGCUGUUUGUCAUGCUAAUGUGCUACUUCCUAAAUGUACCCUGGUAUGCUAAAGCUACAUAUCAAAUCAUCAGAGCCAAGUAUAGGGCUCAUAAAGAAGGAGGAAGACUUUCUGUGGAGUACAGCUUUCAUGCCUUCAUUUCCUACAGCCACUCGGAUGCAGAAUGGGUAAGGGACCAGCUGCUGUCAUAUUUAGAAAACUGCCAGCCCCCGUACCGAAUUUGCAUUCAUGAAAGAGACUUCACACCAGGGAAAUGGAUCAUCGACAAUAUAAUUCAGAACAUUGAAAACAGUUGUAAGGUUAUCUUUGUGCUUUCGCACCAUUUUGUGAACAGUGAGUGGUGUAACUAUGAACUCUACUUUGCCCAACAACGAGCCAUUGGCAAGACCUUUAGUGAUGUCAUCCUUGUGGUAAAGGAGCCCAUUAAUCCUGACACUCUGCCCAGCAAGUACUGUAAACUCAAAAAGAUGCUGAGUACCAAAACCUAUCUGGAGUGGCCUCAACAUCCCAAACAGCAGGCCUUCUUCUGGGCCCAGCUGAAGAGUGUCCUGGGCAAUCCGAAUCUCAAGCAAGAGUUCUCAGGCAUCAAUCGGAGCCGUUUUUCCAGAGGGAGUGGUGUGUCCAUUGCCGAGCUACCCCAGGAGAACCAAAGACCCAUGGAUGCUAAACAAGUGAAGGAACAGGGAGAUAUGAUCAGACGUCCAGCUGCAGAGCAAGUUUAACAUCUUCCAGAGACCUGCUUAGAGGGCUGUGGUCUCAGGACAUCAAUGACACAGUAGGCCUAAACAUAAAGGACAAUGGUCAAGUUUGUCAUGCUGAAUGUACACCACAGUACACUGUAACAUAAGACACAGACUGUCCCGGUGUCUUGGUAUGGCAGGCGGCCAUAGUUGGUGAGAGUUACAUGAUGAAGACAGUAAUUGUGAUAAUCCCUUGGGUCUUCAAGCCUAAAAAUAAUCAGAAGCUUUGACAGUGGCAGUGGCUGCAUACUAAUCUUCAAUGCUGAAACAUUUUUUUCCUUACAAAAAGAUCACUUUAUUAAUCCUAGCACUGGCACCCAAAAUUUCUAUAUCCUUAUUCCAGGCUGAAUCAGUUCUAUUAUCAAUUUGAAUGGCUGAGGUUAUUGCCAACACAAAUUAUCACGGAAUAAAGAAUGAUCGGAUCAUAUUUUAAGGACACUUCAUGAAGAAAUCCAGAUAUAGCCUUUUCUCACAAUUAUUUACUUAUUUUAUAUUUUAAAAAAAUCACGCACCCAGCAUUUUACAGUUCCAUGUGAUUUUUUAAUAAAUGGUCUAAACAGCCAACAGAUAAUUUGCAGUAAUUUAUGGUAGUUUAAGACAGAACUAUUUAUCAUAAGGCUAAAGUAUAUGAACCCUUAUAUUUAGAAUGCAUUGCUGCCUUGUUUAUUGGCAAAAGCCAUUAAUGCUUUCUAUAGAUAAUUAUCAGUCCUCACAGUGGUAAACAGGUAUUUCAUUCCUCUGUAUAAAAUUGUUUUAAUUCAUCUUUGUGUGUGUACGUAUGUACUAAACUCUUCUUCAGAUUAUGGCACAGGAUUAGCUAUGAAUUACAUACUUUUUCCCUGAGUGACAUAUAUUGUUUAGAAGGUGGGUCACUGUAAAAUGUUGUAUAGCUGGUUUGUUAAAUAUGAUUGAUGACUGUUAUUAUAAUUUAUGAUUUAAUAUUAAAAUGACUUCAUAGAUCAUAUCACAUUUUAGCACAGAUCAAAUUUUUGCAAAAAUCCAGAUCAUUUCCAAGGGAUUACUAACUUUUUCUCUUCUCAUAACUGUAUACCAGACUGUCUACAAUAAUUAUUUUCUUGGUUGCAGGUGCAAAUACCUUUCCAAGCAAGCUGAGUACCUAGUUUCUCAGUCCGUGCUCAUUAUUAGCACACAGCACAAAUUUUAGAAAUGACAGCCUGAUUGAUUGUGUUUAGGACUGCCAUCUUAAUAAUUGAGAAUCUCACAUUAAGAAUAACACAUGUCCACUUUAAAAAUCAAUUUAACAGAAACAACUCUUGACAGUCAAUCAGCAAAUCAUAUGUUAAGUAUGUAAAGCAGCAAACUAUUUUAAAAUUACUUUUUUAUUUGUUUAAUUUAGUAUUAUCAGUUUAAUAUCAAAUGUGAAAUUAGGCGGUUAUUUUUGUUGCAAUCAACUAACUAAUCAACUAACUAAAUUUCAGCAAAAGGAAUACAUAUAUUUUAUUUUCCACAUGCUUUAUUUUACACUAUUUUGAACUAAAUUAAAGCCCAGUAGAGAGAACUGCCUUUGUAUGAGAGAGAGAGAGAGAGAGAGAGAGAGAGAGAGAGAGAGAGAGAGGUCAUCUGUUUAUAUUUAAAUUGCUCUCCUUCAAUUUGACCUCUUCCUUAUCUAUGUGACAUAAAGAAUUUUCAUUAAAAAGAUUCUGUGUUUACUACAGUAGAUGGCACCAUUUCACAUUUUCUUGCAUUUAUCCUGGAACACUAUACAUGCAAGUCUAAAAGGCAACUGCUGAACUGAGGCAUAUUUAACACUUAAUAUUACAUUAUUCUAAAUAUUGUAUUUCCUUUACUUUUUUUCCUUUUUUCCUUUAUGAUCAAAAACAUCCAUGGAGUCAAUUUAAGAUGUUUUUUUUGUUUGUUUUUUUGUCACCAUAAAACAAGUGAUAACAUUGUAAACACCUGAAUUCUUUUCUUCCCUUGAUGCACAUUUUUUUGCAGUAAUUCUUUUAUGACUCCACUCACAUUAGCAGUAUUAUUUUUGUGGACACACACCCCUGAACAGUGCAAGGAGUUCGCAGUUGUAUAUUCACUACUGUUUAAAGAUGUUCUCUACACAAACUGAGCUUUGUACAUCGUUUUUCUGUGUUCCACACUUACAGCAACUAACUGUGCACUGAAUGUUUCAUCAAUCUUUUCGAGUGUUGUGAAGGGACUUAUCUUGUUAAUGACCUAUUUGGGUACAGAUAUCUGAGAGAUCAUGGCUGGAUACUAACUGAAAGUAAUCUUAAUCCAAAGCUUGUCGAUGAACCACAUAAGAACAUUUACAGCAACCUUUGUAUGAGGUUUCUGACUAAGUGAAAUGAUGUGUUUGUGAAGAAAAAAAGGUCUGGGAUUAUUCAUUAUUUUGAUAGCUAGCUAACUAUCCAGGUAGCUGUAGAAGGCUAAAUUUUUGCAUCACAGUUAUUCUGUGUAUAUUCUGCAAUUGCCUUAUUUUGAUGUACUAAAUGACAACUUAACAGUAACAGUAUAACAAAAAUGGUAAUAUGGCUCAACUACCUAUGACAAAAAUAACAACACAAGAAUAUCCUAUACACAAAGCUUGUAAAGCUAGAAAGUUAUGCUUAAAACCAUACAGCUGCAUUUUGAAAAGUAAAAUAAAGCCUCAAAUGUUUAAAAUGUCAAAUUUAAAAAUUUUUUUUUUUGAUGACAAUGCUUAUUUAGUAGGCCCACUGACAAAAUCAUUUAAUAAACUAUAACAACCAAGUA